AUGAAGAAUUUUUCGUACCUGUCUUUUCCCCCUUCUACUUCGAAAACCAAACUAUCACCUCCAGUCCCUGCUAUUCGAGGGAAACACAAACCUGUAUCAGAUAAAGCUGACGGCAGGAAAAAUCCUGACUAUGCAAAGUGCAGGAUUGAAAAGGAGCUAAAACGUGGAUUAAAGGACCCUCCCAUCAAUUGCUCGUAUGGACCUGCUGGAGACAACAUAUUCCAAUGGGAAGGAGCCAUUAUAGGGCCUUCGGAUACACCAUUCGAAGAUGGUGUCUUCUUUCUUUCGAUCGACUUUACUGCAGAAUACCCUUUUGUCCCUCCCAGGAUCAAGUUCAAAACUAAGGUAUUUCAUCCAAACAUCAGUCAAGAUGGCACUAUAUGUGUGGACAUUCUUGGACCCCAAUGGACCCCUGCACUGACAAUUGAGAAUCUGUUGCUCUCCAUUUGCUCAUUGCUUCCAGACCCAAAUCCUGAAGAUCCAACAAGUCCUGUUUGCAAACUUUACAGGACUAACAGAGAGGCUUACAACAAGAAAGCAAGAAAAUGGACUAAGAUGUAUGCUAUUGGCUGA